CUGUCCUACUCCGCCCUUCGGCGGGUAUCAAGUACCAGAUCAUCUUUCACUUUCGGGUUACUGUUGUUGAGAGAUGGCGCCGAUUCCGAAGACUGUGGGGCGGAUAAAGCUAGACUGUCCUCUGCGGUCUGGCUGUCCGCUGGAGGUCGCUGCUGUCCCCAAACUCUGCAAGGAAUUCGGUCCUGAAGACUACGGCGCAGAGGACAUAGUGGAUUUUCUUCGACGGCUUGUGGAGAGUGAUCCCCAGGGCCUGCACCGGAUCCAUGUGGAUGGGAGCAGCGGGCGGCUGCAGCUGUGGCACCAUGAUUACCUCUUGGACCAUUUCUGUGAUGAGGCUAAAACACCUGGACAGAGUGACAGAGACAAAGGGGCCGAGGGACUGGGCACCUACUGUGGUCUCCGAAAGUCCUUCCUGUAUCCUCCCCAAGGGUCUGAGCCCUGUGAGCCCUGCCCUCAUUUCCCCUCUGCCUCUGCAUCUGCCUCCGGUGGCUCAGACAGCCUACUUGAGGUGGCCAUGCCCCAGAAACUCCUGCUGACUGAAGAGGAAGCCAACCACCUGGCUGAGGAGCUGGUGGCUGAGGAGGAGCGCCUGAAACAGAAAGCAGAGAAGAAACGACUCAAGAAGAAGCGUCAAAAGGAUCGCAGGCGACAGGAACGCUUGGAGCAGGAGGGUGGGGAGCCCAAGCUCAAGGCCACCCCAGAUAGAGAUGGGAGCCCCCCAUCUAGCCCCGGGAACCCUGCUCAGGGACAGUGUGGUGAGGAAGAGGACUUACUGGAUCUAUCUAGCACUUUCGUGUCUCUGGCUUUGCGCAAGGUUGGGGAUUGGCCCCCCAGUGCCCGCAGAGACAAGGGACUGAGCCAGGAGCCCCGAGGCAAAAGUCUGGGCCCCCAAGAGAAGAUGGGCCAGGAGGAAGGGAGCUCUCCAAUAGAAGAAAGGCCCAGGCAGACCCCUAAGGCAGAGGCAUCUCCAGGACUACCGGCAGCUGCCUUACAGCAGAGCCAGGAGCUGGCAAAGCUGGGUACCAGCUUGGCCCAAAAUGGUUUCUACCACAAGGCUGUGUUUCUUUUUACCGAGGCCUUGAAGCUCAACCCUCGGGAUCAUCGGUUAUUUGGAAACCGCUCUUUCUGCCAUGAACGGCUGGGUCAACCAAUGUGGGCCCUGGCUGAUGCCCAGGUGGCCCUUACUCUGCAACCUGGCUGGCCCCGAGGCCUCUUCCGCCUGGGCAAGGCCUUGAUGGGACUGCAGCGUUUUGAAGAGGCAGCUGCUGUGUUCCAGGAGACUCUGAGAGGCGGCUCCCAGCCUGACGCAGCCCGGGAGCUCCACUCUUGCCUUCUGCACCUCGCCCUGCAGAAUCAGCGAGGAGGAAUCCGGGUACCACAUCUGACAACUGGGUUCCCGCAACCAUUUUCCCAUGCUGAGCCAGGCACCACAAGCCUCCCGUCUGUCAGUCGCCCUCCAAGCACUGCUCCAAGAGCUCCUGGCCUUCUGUCUCUACCCUUGCGUUUUCCCCCAUGUCAUCUGAGCCACCCCAACUGGACCCUGCCCCAAAUUCAGACUAGAAGACCGCACCCUCUCCAGGACCCCUCAAAGGGCUCUGGUGUGCUAGGACUUGGGCCCCAGCAUCUACCUCAGGCCAGAUGACAGAGGACCUGUCCCUCAUAGGACAAGGCCAUGUGUGUAUCCCAAAGUUCACUGCAUAUUUUGAGACCUUGUACUCUAAAACCAUAAUUAAAGACACCCCUGGUUGUCA